GCAAUAUUCUCGCAAGUGUUGGUUCCAGCCGAUCAUGUGACACCCAAGAUGGCGGGGUCCAGCGCGGCGGAGGAGGCGGCAGUUUACUUAAUAGUGAGCGGUAUCCCGUCGGAGUUGCGCUCAGCCCAGCUACGGAGCUACUUUAGCCAGUUCCGGGAGCAGUGCGGCUGUGGCUUCCUCUGUUUCCACUACCGGCAUCGGCCUGAGCGGGCCCCUCCCCAGGCUGCUCCCGACUCGACCCUAACUCCUAUCCGCCAGGGUCUCGCCCAGACUUCACUCAACGAUGCCCGCACUGUCUCCACUCAGGACUCUGCUCCCGCCCAGACCCGCACCUGCUGCUGCGUCAUCUCGGUACGGGGGCCAACUCAAGCCCAGAGGUUUCUCCGUAUGUACUCGGGCCGCCGGUGGCUGGAUUCUCAGGGGACUUGGUUACCUGGUCGUUGUUUCAUCCGCAGACUUCGGUUACCUACUGAGGCAUCAGGUUUGGACUCCUUUCCCUUCAAGACCCGGAAGGAACUGCAGAGUCGGAAGGCUGAGAGUGAAGCCUUCACGCUGGCCGACCUGAGGCAACUGCCAGAGCUGAACCCACCGGUGCUGAUGCCCAGUGGGAAUGUGGGGACUCCCCUGCGGGUCUUUUUGGAGUUGAUCCGGGCCUGCCGUCUACCCCCUCGGAUCAUCACCCAGCUGCAUCUCCAAUUCCCCAAGACAGGUUCCUCCCGGCGCUACGGCAAUGUGCCCUUCAAGUAUGAGGACUCAGAGACUGUAGAGCAGGAAGAGCUUGUGUACACAGCCGAGGGUGAGGAAAUACCCCAGGGAACCUGCUUGGCAGACGUACCAGCCAACCCCUGUGGAGAGCCAGAGGAAGAAGAGGAAGAGGAAGAAGAGUCACACUCAGAUGACAGUUCUAAACCUGGGGUCCUCAGGAGGCUUCCAAAGACUUCGAACUCCCUGACAUUGAACGUAAAACUGCAUUUGCACGUGCAGGACGACGACCGGGGUGAGGAGUGGGAACGGCACGAAGCGCUGCAUGAGGACGUGACCGGGCAGGAGCGGACCACUGAGCGGCUCUUUGAGGAGGAGAUCGAGCUCAAGUGGGAGAAGGGCGGCUCAGGCCUGGUGUUCUACACUGACGCCCAGUUCUGGCAGGAAGAGGAAGGAGACUUUGAUGAACAGACAGCUGAUGACUGGGAUGUGGAUAUGAGUGUGUACUACGAUGCAGAUGGUGGAGACAAGGAUGCCCGAGACUCUGUCCAAAUUCGUCUGGAACGGAGACUCCGUGAUGGCCAGGAGGCCGGCUCCGUGAUCAGACACCAGGUGGGCACCUUCGAGCGCCACACCAAGGGCAUUGGGCGGAAGGUGAUGGAGCGGCAGGGCUGGGCCGAGGGCCAGGGCCUGGGCAGCGGGUGCUCAGGGGUGCCCGAGGCCCUGGAUAGUGACGGCCAGCACCCCAGAUGCAAGCGUGGAUUGGGGUACCAUGGAGAGAAGCUCCAGCCAUUUGGGCAACCGAAGAGGCCCCGUGGAACUGGCUUAGGGCUCAUCUCCACCAUCUACGAUGAGCCCCUACCCCAGGACCAGGGGGAGUCGCUGCUCCGCCGCCAGCCACCCACCAGCAUGAAGUUUCGCACAGAUAUGGCUUUUGUGAGGGGUUCCAGCUGUGCCUCGGACAGCCCCUCAGAGCCUGAGUGGCAGGUUCAAGGGCUUCCUUAAUCAGGAUCACUCAUAAUUGCACAGUGGCAGCCCUCUGCCUGGCCUUAUCUCCCACGGAAGCAGAAAGAACUCUGGGAGCAGCAGUCUGCGUGGCUUGUUCAGAACUUGCCUUCUGCCUACCUCAGGGGCAUUUUUACAAAAAGCCCCCUAUCCUCCCCUUUGAUGAUAGGGCUUAAUGACUUGUCCUCGGUGGUCUCCUAACCCUAGUCCCUGUUUGGGCUUGCUCCUGUUGCCUCCCCCAGCACCUUGAAAACUGGAUUGACUGGGGUUAUUGUCACAACCUUCCUGGGGGCAAGGGGAGGGUGGGAGUGGGUUCAGCAUGAAACCCAGAAAGAGGGGAAAAGGGACAUGGAAGAGGAGAGGAUUUGUGGCUGAAAGAGACGGUCUUGGGGCGGGCCCUCCAUCGCCUCUACCCUUAACUGGCUGGGACCGGGCAGCGGAGAGUCCGCUGCAGCUGUCCCGGGUCUGCGACCUGACGAGAGAAUAAAAAAGUUUACUACCGAA